GUGGUGCUUCUGCGAAGAUGAGUUGAUGUUGCAAAUGUAUAAAAAGCGAAGCGUCGAUUUCGAAAUCAACACAACGAUUUGAAAUUCUCUAAGGAGUGUACAUACGGAGCGCACAAGUUUCCGCAUCGUGCACACGAGUACGGCAGUGAAUAAGUGAUCUUUGAAAGAACUGUAACGUGCAGUGUUAUUUUUACAAGGACUAUUGGAGUUUCAAGGAUGCUCCGUUUAGUGUGUGUGGUUAUAAUCAGCACAGCCGCUGUGGCUUCGCCGGUUAGCAACGGCAAAUGGAUUCCCGAGAAGUAUGGUGAAUCCGGCAGGUACAACAGACCGAGAGACGAGGGCAAAUACGUGCACAUACCCAACCCUUACAUACACAUCGACAAUCCGUACGACGGCGGCUACGGACCGUAUGCGCACCAGUACGAACCAUACGAAGGCGCAGAAUCCGUCGACCAGUACAGAUUAGUGCUCCAUCCUGGCGAUGACAAUCCCUACUAUAAGGAAGGCUACUAUAGGAACAAUGGAAUUAAGAUCAUUAGCCAGAAUCACAACUACCAUGAGGACAAAUACGAUUUUGAUUUUGAGACCGAGAACAAGAUUCGCGCCGAAGAAAAAGCCAUUCUGAAGAACCCGAACUCGAUCGACGAGGGCAUAGCCUCGGAAGGUUUCUACGAGUACAUAGGGCCCGAUGGUUUCAUGUACCGCGUCGACUACACUGCCGAUGAGAAGGGCUUCAGGCCCAAGGUGAAGCGGCUAGAGACCCCCUACUCCGGCAAGUGGAUACGAGAAAAAGUUAACAACUAGACAAAUCAAUUCAUACAUGUACAUACCAAAAACCAAACAAACAAAUCACUCAUAAAUCAGUAUUGUAAAUAAGUAGGCAACAAUUAUUUCUUUAGUGCACGCCUGCGAUUUAUAUAACUAUCUGCCAUUUCAUAGAUCACGAUCUGUUUCAUGAACUUGACAUUUAGAUUUUGGUUUUGCCCGACAUUAUUGAAUCUUUUGAGAUCCACCGCAGCGAUAUUUCCAUAUCAUACGAGUACUUCCGUAGCGAGUUAAGUACCAGAUUAAAGUUAAAGUACAAAAGCUUCUUUAGUUCGGCGUUCUCUUUUAUCGAGUUAGACUAGUUUAUUUUAUUUAUAUUUAGUUAUAGAUACCUAGAAAUGUUAUAAUUGUGAUAAUAAAUUAUAAUACUUAAUGAAA